AAGUUUAUACAAAAGCCAACCACACAUAAAGACACUGCCGUCAAGACAUUAAAAGCCACGUUUUCUUUGUGCCGUCUCGACCUUUAUUCUGAAGUGUGGCUGUGCAGAGCGCGGAAGCUGCGCCGCCGCAUUACACGCAGCUUCACAACGCGCACAAAUCACGUUUGAUCGGCAGAGAAAGCGAGACAGUGUGACACAAAGCCUGUGCUAGCAUCUGACGCCACCGAUAAUACAACGACUGAACGAGGAGACGCUACUCUUCUGUCUGACGGUCGUUACCGGUGUCUCCUCACCCCCCGUGUGGAGCGGAGAGCCGGGCGACGUCAGCGGAGCUAACGACGUCAGCGGAGCAGCGUCAGCGGGUCAGAGAGACGGAGGCUCUGCGGCUACGACGAGCUCCGGCCGCCGGUGUGUGCGGUCCACCCGGGCUCCCUAGAGGGUCACGGGCAGCACCGUAGCUGUGUGGUUUGGUGUGCACCCCCCUCCUCCUCCGCCUCCUCCUCCUCCUCCGCCUCCUCCUCUCACUGCCACGGUGUCGCGUAGCUGUCCACGUCUCGUCUCGUCUCUCCGCUGAGCUAGGCCACGUCCCCGCGGGCGUGCUCCCUCCGACCCGCGACCCGCUGACAUUGGACGGAUUUGCAGAGAGGAUGCCCGGUGUGCGGAAGGAGGAAGGAGAUUAAGGAGCAGUGGCGAUGUGAGAAAGUCAUGCCCGGUCCUGACAGUCCUGUAGUGCUUCGCUCCCCCGUGCCGCAUCCACGCGGCAUGUCACGUAGACGGAUGCGUCUCGCGGCUCUGUAGGUUGCGGUAACGAUACGCUUUGUUUGUUUGUUUUUUUUGAAAUGGUGGGCUUUGGUGCGAACCGACGCGGAGGCCGCCUCCCGUCCUUCAUCCUCAUCUUCUUGAUGCUGAUCAUCGCCAUCCUGUCGUUCAACUACUGGACGGCGACCAACAAGCACGGCCGCGCGCUGGACGAGCUGGCGGAGGUGCAGACGCAGGUGAAGCGCACGGACGCGGCGCGCAGCCGGCUGGAGAAGCGCAACUCGGAGCUGAUGGUGCAGGUGGACACGCACAGGAAGCAGAUGGACCAGAAGGAUGGGGACUACAAUGUCCUGGAGGGCAAGCUGCAGGCCCGGGAGGCUAUUAUCAAAAAGUGCACUGAUGAAAAGAUGAAGGUGCAAGGUGAUGUCACUGCCCAAAUGACAGAAAUCCAGAGGCUGAAAGAGCAGCUAAAGGAGCUGAAGCAGGAGUUCAUGAAACAGGAAGAGCAGCUAAGAGAAGUGAAGAAAAACAGCACUACCUUGGAAAGAAAACUGGAGUAUGAGAGUUUACAGUGUGGACGACAGAUUGCACAACUGAAAGAAGAGUAUGAAGAAACAAAAAAGACCCUGGAGGAAGAAGCAUCAAAGCUAAGACAGAGUGUGAUGGACAGCCAAAAGGGUGCAGUGGCAGGUAGACUUGCUGAGGGAGCACCCAGGGUGGAGAUGGUUGGAGAGCACCAUACAGUGGCCACUCGCCGGCAUGACAGUCCAGAUUUAAAAGAAGAGAUGGGUAAGCCUGGCAGUGAUGCUGGCAUGCCUGGUAUCGAAGACAGUGAGGUGGGAAAAAUUGACGACCUUCAAUUUGCCUUGAAGAAACCAGCCAUAACUCAGAAGCACGAUGAAGCCCCUGAUGUGGUUGUCGGAGCUGGUGCUGGCCCUGGCCCUGGAGUCGGGGCAGCGGACGGCCCUGCGGGCCAAGGCCUGUCCCUGGAUCAGCCCGGGCUCCAGCAGGACAGAGUGGAGGUCCGAGAAGUAGUGGUCGCCCCUCCAGGCAUCAUCAAACAGGCAGACAAACCCAUAGUGUUUGAAGAAGACAACAAGGCAGGUAUCAAGGCAGACGAACUGGGAGAACAGCAAAGACAACUUCAAGCUCCUGAUAAUGUCAAGGGUGACCGUGAACACUUGAAGGUGAUUCCUCUGCCCCCCAACCCUGCCCAGGUGCCCAACCCCAUCCAGCCUCGCCACGCCGGAGAUCAAGUUCCAGCCGAGCCAGUUCACCACCGCCAAAGCCGGUUCUUUGAUGAGAACGAGUCCCCAGUAGAUCCGCAACACGGCUCUAAGCUAGCGGACUACAAUGGGGAUGAUGGGAACGUGGGUGAGUAUGAGGCCGACAAGCAGGCUGAGCUGGCCUACAAUGAGGAAGAGGAUGGUGAUGGUGGGGAGGAAGACGUUCAAGAUGAUGAUGAUCGUGACAUGCAGGGAGACCGAGCUGUGGAUUAUGGGAAAAGACAUCAAGCCAUUGACAUUCUUUGAAUGGGAACUUGUACAGCCGUAAAUAAUUACAAAUAUUGAGACCUUCCUCUACAACCACGGUCUUUUCUUGAGAAAAUAGUUUCAAAUCAACAUGUUUAAGAAUUUAUAGGGUUCAUCCUCAAUGUCACGGACAAUUUUGAAAAACAGACAUUGCAACUAAUAGAUUAAUUCUGAAUAACGUACCAUAAUACAAAGGAAAACAAUCAUGGCAUUGUCCUGAGUUGCUGUUGAUUUGCUAAUGGGUUCUAAGCUAUGGCAGUAGAUGUGACAUAAUGUACACUGACUGUUGAGUUUUGUUAUUUGAUAACUGCCUCAGUCUAUAACGGAGUGAUCUGAAGAGCCAUGUUGACUCGCAGCUGAACCUCAAGGUCGAACUGUGUUGUUUUUUUUGCUACUUUUCUUCACAGGUUGCUGUUGCUUGAUAUAAACAAACUCUUCACCGGAGAUGUUUAUCAAAGAGACUAAUCCAGCAUUCUGCCUUUCUAACAUAAUUUUUGGGACUUGUACGUGGAAGACCAUUUUUUUUUUCGUUUACAGGAGUGGGAAUGCAUUGCAAAUGCCAAGGACUUUGCUUCUGGCCUAUUAAAUCAUUUUGUUUUAUUGUGACAGACACUGAAAGGUGCUCCUCGUUCUGUUUUUUCUAUGAUGCCAUUGCAUGUAUUUCAAACCUUUUGGUAAUAAUCAACUGAGCAAAAUACUGAUGCUUAAGCAAUACUUGGAGCGAUGUUGGUAUCUUCCAGUGUGCAAAGAUUAACCAAGCACACAUAGAGCUGACAUACUGUACACAUGCUUCCAUUAAUGAGGUCUCUCCUUACGUAAUGUAGAUAAACUGUUACCAUUUGUACCGAGGAAACACAGUUCCUCACCUUUUAGGGAAAUCUGUGAACAUGGGAUCAGUUCUGUUUGUGCGGCUGGGAAAAUUGGUUUCUCAUGGAAAGGCACAUUGAAUGUAAUUUAACU